AUGCGUGUAUUAUAUGACAUUACGGAUGCAAUUGUAGUAAAAAACAAUUCCCUCACUAAACAAGAUAAUGCGACAGAAAAUAUUACAAACAAUACUGCUGCUGACACUGGAACUCGAAAUAAUAUAACACAAAGUUAUGAAAACUCAACAGAAUCUAUAAAUAAAAAUGAGAUAAAAUCAAAUACUCAACUUGAUCAUGUUAACAUAAAGAUAGGGAACGUUAGCCCUAAACCUUCCAAAAUAGCAAACAGUAAUAAGGAAGUAACCAAAACGUCAACAGGGCACUACAAAAAUACUUUAAGAAAAAGAAGAUCAACACCACUUAUUUACGAUUACGUUACUCAUCAUGGCCCAAAAAGUAAUGGAAAAUUGGAAAAUGAAGACAUUGUACUGAAUUCGAAUUUAGCCGACUUUCUAAUAAAGACAUCCCAUGAUAGAUUAACACCUCGUGAUACAAUCGAAAUCAAUCAAAGUAAACAAUCAGAAGAAGAUAACAACAAUGAAAAUGACAAUUUUAAGCAAAAUUCAUAUAAGCCACAAAAUAAAAACAGUCAAGAAAUAGACGAAAGUAGUGAAAGUUCUAGUUUAUCAAAAGAAGAUGAAGAGAGUAGAGAAAUAUCAAACCAUAAACAAAAUAAUAAUGAUGAUUCUAGGGAAAGUAAGUACAACGGUGAUGUACGAGGCGAAAUAUCGAAUUCCCAAAACUACAACAGUCGUGAGGUCAAUAGAGGAUCAUUCAACAAGGAUAAAUCUUAUUUAAAUGAUGGUGAAAGCAAUUCGAGAGAAAGUGAACAUAUCGGAAAAAUUGAUACCUCCCGUAAAGUAGAAGAUGAUCCCCGUUCAGAAUCCAACAGUUCUGAAAGCGACGAAGAGAAAUCUUCUAAUUCAGAAGAAAACACAUUAAGUGUAGACCGAGAUAAAAUACAAUUUAAACUACCCGUAAAGAGUCACAAUAGUGAGGAAGGUAGAAGUGAUAGUAAUGAAAGUAUAGAGUUGAAAAUACCCAAUAAACCAUUAGAGUCUACAAAUAGUUAUAGGAAUGAUAAUAAAGAUAAUGGAGAAGAUGGACUAAAUAGUGAGAGUAACGAAAGUGAAGAAAAAAAAGAUCAAGUACGAAAGGUAAAUAAAUAUAACGAUGAUAUCAAGCAAAGUGAGGAAAUAGACAAGGAGGAAGAAAAUAAUUUACUAGAUGUAAACAACAGUAAAUCUCAAAAUUAUGACUCUCCAACAGCUAAAUUUAAAAACAAUGAUCCGAAUUUGAAUACCAACGUUAGUGACGAAAGUACUGAACAGUCAAACGAUGACAACAGCAAAGAGUCGUUUAUUUCUAAAACUAUAGUUCCGGACGUAGGCGUUGAUCUAGAACCUUUUGAUGCUGGCUUGAAUCAUUCUUUACAUAAAAAUAAUUCUAAACUUAGAAACAUUCAUGAUGAUGAAGUCAAACCAGUCAAGGAACUCAAUGAGGAGAGUAGUACUGAAUCGAAUGAAGAAAGUGAAGAAUUACCACUUUUUGAAAAUUUAAAAGACAGAGAAAAUAAAAAAGAUUUAAAAUUAGACGUGGAACGAAUUCCAUUAGAUUAUAAAUAUGUACAAACAAUGCCUAAUAGAAAUGUCAAAAGUUCAAAGACUUAUUCACCACAGUUAGAUACCAAUGGACAAACAUCACCCAAGCCUCAAGAUGACGAAUUUGAUGAAAACUUGAACAUUAAAUUCAGUGACAUAUCCAUAAAAUUACCUGAAAUUAAACUACCUGAUGAUAUUUUAUCUUAUAAUUAUGAAAAACCAGUUUAUCCAAAGCAAAAAACAAGUAAUUGGCACAAUGAUGAGUCUGGAGAAGAUGAAUCGGAGACGGAGAAAUCUCCAAAGGAACAUGACGAUGCUAAUUACACGUACAGAGACAGUUUUAGUAAGAAUUACAAUACGAACGGUAAACAAAGUUCUGGCAAAAAAGAUGAAGAUGAUGAAGACGAAGAUUUGUAUGAAAAGUUUGUUCGGGAAAGAUUUGGAAAGCGAAGAUUAAAUGAGGCGAAAAGUUCUAAGUAUAUAAAGCCUAAUAAAGAGUUAUUUAAUACUAUACAGAAUGUUUUAAGAAAGACUGAAAAAAUACAGCAGGAAGCCGAAAAGAGCGGUGACCCUAAAGCUGGCUACGCUUGGACGUUAGAAUACGGUGAAAAUCUGUAA